UAAAUAAAUUUUAUUUUUCCCGAUUUACAUAAACACCGUCUUUUCAAUUUGUGUAGGUCUUAUAUUAUGUGAUUUGGAUUUAAGAUAUUUUAAAAUAACUUAUAAUAUGGCUCAGAGGCUUUUAUUGACGGCUCAGAAACUCAAACUUUUAAAUUAUGGUGGGACUAGACAUGGUACCAUCAACCGGAUAGAUUUGAGACGUGGAUGGAUGCUAUUGCAAGGUUCUAGUUCCCCAUUUAUACUGUCGGUUUUACGUCAGUUUCGCCUUUACUGUCAGAAACCGCCAAAGGGAUUUGAAAAAUAUUUCAAACCAGGAGGAGCUCCAAAAAAGGAAGUCCCUAAAAGUGAGAGUGGAGUGAAAGAAGGAGUUCAAGAAGCCCCACCUUCGAAAUCUUCUGCAGGCCAGUCAUCAAGACCGGGGCCUAACCGACCAGGGGAAUGGCCGUUUGGUGUAUUUGGUGGUGGUCCUAAGGGCGGCACGGGGGGAGGCAAACCUUUUGGAGAGGGAGGCGAGAAGGAAAAAUGGAUACUGUUUGGAACCUUGGGCGUUCUUGGAGUGGUCGGAAUUUUGGCCUAUUACGAAAUGGGAUACACGGAGAUAGCAUGGAAGGAAUUUGUAAACAAUUAUCUUUCUCGGGGGAUUGUGGAAAAGCUGGAGGUUGUCAAUAAGAAGUGGGUCCGAGUUAAACUGCUUGCUGGGAAUAACGUCAAUGGCAGUAGCAUAUUGUGGUUCAAUAUUGGCAGCGUGGAUUCAUUUGAGAGAAAUUUAGAAAACGCACAGAUGGAAAUGAACAUCGAACCAGCCAAUUACGUCCCUGUCAUCUACAAGAGUGAGAUUGAAGCAUCUAGUUUGUCAGGAAUGUUACCAACCAUCAUAAUCAUAGGUUUUGUGCUGUACAUGAUGAGGAGGUCGGCUGAGAUGAUGGGAGGUCGAGGUCGCAAGGGAGGCGGACUGUUUGGGGGUGUUAUGGAAUCUACGGCAAAACUCAUCAACUCAAACGAUAUAGGCGUCAGGUUUAAGGAUGUCGCUGGUUGCGAGGAGGCAAAGGUAGAAAUCAUGGAGUUUGUAAAUUUCUUAAAAAAUCCUCAACAAUAUAUUGACCUAGGAGCCAAGAUUCCAAAGGGGGCAAUGUUAACAGGACCCCCCGGAACUGGUAAGACCCUCCUCGCCAAAGCAACAGCUGGUGAAGCCAACGUUCCGUUCAUCACAGUCUCUGGAUCUGAGUUUCUCGAGAUGUUCGUCGGUGUUGGUCCUUCAAGGGUGAGGGACAUGUUCGCAAUGGCACGCAAACACGCUCCUUGUAUCUUGUUUAUCGAUGAGAUUGAUGCUGUUGGUAGAAAGCGAGGUGGCCGAAGCUUCGGAGGACAUUCAGAACAAGAAAAUACACUCAAUCAACUAUUGGUAGAGAUGGAUGGGUUCAACACAACCACCAAUGUUGUCGUGUUAGCUGCCACCAACAGAGUAGACAUAUUGGAUAAGGCGUUGUUGCGGCCCGGCCGCUUCGACCGACAGAUCUUUGUACCAGCCCCAGACAUCAAGGGUAGAGCCUCAAUCUUCAAGGUGCAUCUGGCCCCGUUGAAGACGGACUUGGAUAGAAACGAUCUGUCCAGGAAAAUGGCUGCCCUAACACCUGGUUUUACAGGUGCGGACAUUGCGAACGUGUGCAACGAGGCAGCAUUGAUUGCAGCCCGGGAUCUGCAAUCGACCAUCUAUUUGAAGCAUUUUGAACAAGCGAUUGAACGAGUUGUUGCCGGCAUGGAGAAGAAGACAAAUGUACUUCAGCCCGAGGAGAAGAAGACAGUUGCGUAUCACGAGGCAGGUCAUGCUGUGGCAGGCUGGUUCCUGCAGUACGCUGAUCCUCUCCUUAAGGUUUCUAUCAUCCCCAGAGGCAAAGGUCUGGGAUACGCCCAAUAUUUGCCCAAGGAGCAAUACCUAUAUACCAAAGAACAGCUGUUUGACCGUAUGUGCAUGACGCUCGGUGGACGUGUCUCGGAGGAACUUUUCUUCAACCGCAUCACAACUGGAGCUCAAGAUGAUCUGAAGAAAGUCACGCAGAGUGCUUAUGCCCAGGUGGUUCACUUUGGCAUGAAUGAGAAGGUAGGAAACGUCAGUUUUGACAUGCCUCAGCCCGGAGAGAUGGUCCUGGAGAAACCUUACUCAGAGAGUACGGCUCAGCUGAUUGACUCCGAGGUGCGCCUGCUCAUUGACACGGCUCACAAACACACGACCCAGCUGUUGACAAAGCACAAGGAAAACGUCGCUAAGGUUGCAGAGAGGUUGUUAAAGCAGGAGAUAUUGAGUCGAGACGACAUGAUCGAACUGUUAGGUAAGCGACCUUUCCCUGAGAAGUCAACAUACGAAGAGUUUGUCGAAGGCACUGGCUCCUUCGAAGAAGACACCACAUUACCCGAAGGACUGAAGGAUUGGAAUAAAGAAAAGGAGACUAAAGACAAACCUCCGGUGGCCGAAAGUUGAACGUAGCGCAUUGUAAAGUCAGUUUCUAUUUGUGCCUACACGCCUAUGUCUAGUGUAUCUUAUUUUGUACAUAAAAGCAAAGAUUUUGUAUUUAUUUAUCAACAGUAAAUGAAAUCGCUCUACAAUUGUAUUAUUUAUUUCACUUCGUCUCUAACAUCGUCAAAAGUUGUGUAGAAUCAAAUUUGCAUACGUUAUUAUUUGGAGUUUUAAAUUUAUUUGUACAUAGAAUUUGAUUAAGGACAUACAAAUAUUUUUUACUUCCAGUAUUAGUUUGUGUUUUAUCACGUCUUAUUUUUUGUAAAAAGUUGUCUUGUUAGUAUGAGAU